AUGGGGUUCCUUACUCAACUCCGCACUGUGGUAUGGGGCGCGCCGGCGGCGACGAAGACAGAGCGUCGCCUCAUUGUCAAGAUUGACACUUUCAUCAUGUCCUAUGUGUGUCUGAUGUACUGGGUGAACUACCUCGACCGCGCCAACCUCAACAACGCUUAUGUCUCCGGCAUGCGCGAGGAUCUCAACUUCCAAGGCACUCAGCUUAACCAGAUCAAUACCUGCUUCUACGGCGGCUAUCUACUGGGCCAGAUCCCCAACAAUCUGAUCAUGCAGAAGAUCAGCCCGCGUCUUUGGCUCCCGAUGACUUGCUUCGCCUGGGGCAUGUUCACUCUUGGUACCGCCUUUGUGGACCACCCCUGGGAAAUCAUGGUGAUACGUUUCUUCCAAGGCAUCUUCGAAGCUAGCUGUUUCGUUGGCGUUCACUGGAUUUUGGGUAGCUGGUACAAGCCCGAGGAGAUCGGCAAGCGCACUGCCAUCUUCACCAGCUCUGGUUUAGCAGGAACCAUGUUCAGCGGAAUUCUGCAGGGCGCGAUCUACCGCAACUUGGACGGCAAGUCGGGUUUUGCCGGAUGGCGCUGGCUGUUCGUGAUUGAUUUUCUCAUCACUUUGCCUGUGGCCGUAUACGGCUGGCUCUUCUUCCCGGAUACACCAGCCUCCACAAAGGCCAAGUAUCUCAACACCGAGGAACGAGUCCUGGCUUCGGAGCGCCUUCCCGAGGUCAGCAAGGAGCGCGGCGUGCUGGGAUGGUCGCUCAUCAAGCGCGUGCUCCUUAGCUGGCAAUGGUGGGGGUUUGUGACCCUCUGGAUCGCCAACAGCAGUACAGAGAUGUGGUCGACCAAUGGUAUAUUCCAGAUUUGGCUCGGGACCACUGGAAAGUACUCUGUGGAACAAGUCAACUACAUUCCCACGUCCCAGAGUGGAUUUGGUAUCGUCUGCACCCUGCUCCUCGGCUGGUAUAGCGACUUCAAUACCAGGAACCGGUGGCACGUUGGAGUUAUCCUCACCAUUACAGCCAUCAUCAGCGGUGCGCUCAUGCUCAAUCCACCGUCCGACGCCGCCAGAUUCGUGGCGCUGAUUCUGAACGGCGCGCAAUUUGCGGGUCAGACGGUUAUGUUCGCGUGGGCGAAUGACCUGACACGCCAUGACGACGCAAAGCGGUCCGUUGUGCUCGCCUCCAUGAACAUGUUCUCGGUCGCUGUCUACAUGUGGUGGAGCAUCAUUUUCUACAACGCGACCCAGGCGCCAGACUGGUACGAGGGCAGUAUUGCCAUGAUCUGUAUGGGUGUUUUCUUGGGCAUCGUCACGGCGGGAUGUUUGUGGGGCCAGAAGAGGCAAGAACGACAGGAGGCAAGGGACAGGGGAGACAGCUUUACCGACUCAGAGGCGGCGGCGGAAAAGCUGGAUCUGGAGGGCGAGACCAAAUCUUAG